UUUAAAUAUGAACCUCAGAUUGAUUACUCCAGGGACAAGGUUGUUGAUCUCAGACCCCUGUUUCCCUGUGCCUGGUGCCGUUCUCUAAAGUGGCAGGAUGAGAGUCCUGGGAUGUGCUGCAGUGGCAGUGAAGUCCACCUCCCUACCCUUCAACCCUCCCCUGAACCCUUACAUAGCCUUCUCACCCACCAGCAUCCAAUGGCAAAGCACUUUUCUGCUGUCUGGAAGUACAACAGAUGCUUCCAAAUGACAUCUUUUGGAGCCAGAGAAGUGAAGGAGGGAAAUUUUAUGCCAACAUUCAAAGUGCAGGGGCAGGUCCACCACAGGACAGGGAAUAUCAUGGUGGGGCCUCAGCAGCAGCCUUCAUUUCUCCAGAUAUACUGUGUUGGUGAUGAUGACAAUGAGAGGGACAUCCAUUGUGGAAUCUACCCAGGUGUUAAUCCACAACUGUUUAGCCAACUGCAGAAGUUGCUGCGUGAACACAACAAGUAUAUUCUGGAACUUAAGGCUGCUGUUGAUUCUGUUCCUAAGGGCCACAAGGACUUCCAAGUGGUGAUUAACUCUGAUAGGAAGCCUUCUGGAGAGCACCGAGGUCGUUUCAAUGCCCCCAUGACUACAGAAGUGGCUGUUCUCAUUGUCAGCCAGGAUUUUGAGAAGAGAGAGAUUGUUCUCCAUAUCAGAGACAACAGGUUGUUACCAAUCAGUGAGACGCACCAUGCCUAUGACUCUCCUGUACCCUCUGAUGUUCUGCCGUGGAGAAGAUGGCUAUUACAUCAAUAUACCUCAGUGCGACCCAAACACCAAAGUUCCUCUCAAGAAGACCGUGUCUGCUGCUGCCUUUUACAGCUACAGGAUAAUGGAGUGUGAUGGCAAAGAAUGCUACCUACUGCUGUUCCACUUCUGUAACGAAGCACGGGUAUCCAACUGACUAGUAGGUUUAUAUAGUUAUUUCUUUAUCUUUUAUCAGUUAGUAUUAUCUAGUAAUACUAUCUAGUAUAUCUAGUAAGUCAGAAAAUAGCUUCACUUGGUUUUAAAACGAAACCAAGCCAAUCCACUAUGUCAGGCUCUCAAGGUUAUUUGUAAUCCACAGCGUUUCCAGAAGUUCUCUUAUCUUCAAACUCUACACAAAAACAAUUUUUCAACAGCUGUUGUUUUGCCUCUUGAAACAGCCUCUGUGUCUCUCUUCUCUUAUCUGUAACCUUGGGAGUGUUCUGCCUUCCUUAAUUCUUUUCACACUUGUAAUGUCUUUUCCAGCCAGUAGGUGUCACCCUUACUCUUUUUUUGUCUUUACAGCCAACUUUAAGAGAUCCAACAGAGCCCCAAGAUUUAUUUCUUAUUCUUCCAAAAUUCGUUAUUUAAAGUUACAAAAACCAACAAAGCACAAAGGAAGGGUUUCCAAAACAGCUUUUAAGGUUUAAAAAAUAACCAGUCCAGUCUUUUCCCUUUGUUUUUAAGAGUUCCUCCUUGGUCUCCUCUUUUUUUUUUUAUGGAUCUGUCAACUGCUCCCAAUCUUACUCGCAGCUAUUCUUUCGGAUGUGGGCAAAUAUUCCCUUCCUCCUACUCAACAGAGUCCCACUUUUCAAAAGUACUUCUUGGGGGAUUUAAUGCCCCUGUGGAAAUUAGAAAUAAGAAGUCUCACCAGAUCAAAUACACUGCAUUGGAUCCUCACUUCCUAUUUCUUCAUCUCUGGUUGCCCCAGCUUCGUUACAGCCAUAAUGGCCAUCUCUCUCCUCUGUCGGUCGGUUGGGUGCCUUGGAUCAAGCAAAAGAGCCGCCGCUCUUCCCCAAUCGACAAGGGGUCCCUCCUUUCUUCAUCACCCCUUAGGGCUUCCUAAAGGAGAAGUAUUGGCUGAGAUUCGCAGAGCCCCACUAUCCAGCGAUCCUUCCGCUGUGGCACCAAACCAGAAAUCUGGGCUAUGACUUCUUGAACAGGCAGGCACCUAAUCCAGGCCUCAAGCAGACAAAA